UACGUUUUUCCCUGCUAGAUCAUUGUGCUGAAGUGAAUCCUGUGAGUCAUCCUUGUGCUGAACUGCAAUGAAACGUUUUUCCCAAAUUCUGUGCGUAGCCUUUUUGGUGGCGCAGGUAAGAGGCCAAAAUUGCGUUGAGGAGACGUUAAACUGCGAUGACCCCGUUCCGACCAUCUUUAAGUUGGGUGAUCAAUCGUGUGCUUGCAAUAGCGCAGGUCAUGCCGGAGCACUGAAAUUCUUAAACGGCAAGGUACAAGUUUGCUUGGGAAACGAGUGGAAGACCUUUCAGUUUGUAGAGGACAUCGAAUACGGCACCGAGAAGAAUCCUGGUUCAUCCUGUAAAGAUAUCAAGGAUAAAGCUGUUGGAAAACAGCUUAGCAAUGGAGUCUUCUGGAUCAAACUGCAAGGCGUUUCGGGUGCUUUUCCAGUUUAUUGCGACAUGGACGCAGGAGGUUGGACCUUGGUAUUCAAGGCAGUGAGUGGUGUUGAUAAGAAGAUCUGGGACACGUAUAACUCGGCCCAGACCUCUUCCGAGUCAGUUGAUGCUGCCCUUGAUGUCACAAACCAGUUCAAAGAUCACUACAAGAAUAGAGUGGUGUUAUACUGGAGUAGCUUCAAUCCAUCUCAGGCAAAAGUGGUCCUGUACACAGGUGCAGCCAGUCAAAAGGAACUCCUUUUUAACGCAGUUGGAACGGACAAACUGAAUUGGUUCUCCGUGGAUAAACUUGUUUCCUCCUCGUGGACUGAUAUCAAGAGCGAACGAAGGAACUACUUUUCAAUUCAGGGAGGAUGCAGUGGCGGAAAUUGUCGGAGCUUUUUCAUUAACCGGAACUAUGGCGGGUGUGGGGUGGAUGCUGGAUGGCUGGUAACAGCUGGCGUGUGGUGCUCGUGGGAAACCAAUGCUGACCACACCAAAAGAGUCUUGUACAGCAAACUAUCUACGUAUACUGAUUGGAAUGUUAAAAACAAUGUAGGAGUUGCUGAUGUACUGGCCGUUUUCCUGAUGUGAGACUGAUGGACAGUGAGACACAACAGUAAAGAUUGAUGACUUCAAUAAAAGGAAUUAAGAAGCGAAAUGUUUCAGUUUAA